AGCGCGCCUUCAGAGCAGAUCUCAGCUCUCUGGCUGCUGCCUGGUAGCUCCUCCCUGGCAGGACCCAAGCUGGAACAGUCCCUGAUUCUUUCCUGCCAGACAGAGACGCAAACUCCCAGGACUAAGUGUGGCCCCUGCUCCGCAUCGUCUGCCCCAUCACAGCAUCCCAGGAACCGGUACCUUCCCUGCUUGCUACCAGGCAGUACCCGAAACCGCCGUGCCCAGAGGUUGGAGAACUUCAAGGGAGCCGGCUCCGGCUGGCAGCGGGAGUGUGGCACGUCCGGGGCUGCAGACGCUGGCCAUGGCUUCAGUCCCCACCGCUGAAAGCUGGACCGACGGGGCGGCAGGCGUGGGAACGCAGGCAGAGAACCUGAGCGCUGGAUUGGGGGUCACUGAGUGGCUUGCGCUCCAGGCUGGCAACUUCUCCUCGGCUCUGGGGCUGCCGAUGACUUCCCAGGCACCCUCCCAGGCCCGGGGCAACCUCACGAACCAGUUCGUGCAGCCGUCCUGGCGGAUCGCACUCUGGUCGCUGGCCUAUGGCUUGGUGGUGGCUGUGGCAGUCUUUGGCAACCUCAUCGUUAUCUGGAUCAUCCUGGCCCACAAGCGCAUGAGGACCGUCACCAACUAUUUCCUGGUAAACCUGGCUUUCUCCGACGCCUCCAUGGCCGCCUUUAACACCUUGGUCAAUUUCAUCUAUGCUCUUCACAGCGAAUGGUACUUUGGCGCCAACUACUGCCGCUUCCAGAACUUCUUUCCCAUCACAGCGGUGUUUGCCAGCAUCUACUCUAUGACAGCCAUUGCAGUGGACAGGUAUAUGGCCAUUAUCGACCCUUUGAAACCCAGACUGUCUGCCACGGCCACCAAGAUUGUCAUCGGGAGUAUCUGGAUUUUGGCAUUUCUACUUGCCUUCCCUCAAUGUCUUUAUUCCAAAAUAAAAGUCAUGCCAGGGCGUACUCUUUGCUAUGUGCAGUGGCCAGAGGGUCCCAAGCAACAUUUCACGUACCACAUCAUCGUCAUCAUCCUGGUGUACUGUUUCCCAUUGCUCAUUAUGGGCGUCACCUACACCAUAGUUGGAAUUACUCUCUGGGGAGGAGAGAUCCCAGGAGACACCUGUGACAAGUACCAUGAGCAGCUGAAGGCUAAACGAAAGGUGGUAAAGAUGAUGAUCGUUGUUGUGGUGACAUUUGCCAUCUGCUGGCUGCCCUACCACAUUUAUUUCAUUCUCACUGCUAUCUACCAACAGCUGAACCGGUGGAAAUACAUUCAGCAGAUCUACCUGGCCAGUUUCUGGCUAGCAAUGAGCUCAACCAUGUACAAUCCCAUCAUCUACUGCUGUUUGAAUAAAAGGUUCCGCGCAGGCUUCAAGAGAGCAUUUCGCUGGUGCCCUUUCAUCCAAGUCUCCACCUACGACGAGUUGGAGCUCAAGACCACCAGGUUUCAUCCCACGCGGCAGAGCAGUCUGUACACCGUGAGCAGGAUGGAGUCGGUGACCGUGCUGUUUGACCCCAAUGACGGGGACCCAGCCAAGUCCAGCCGGAAGAAAAGGGCGGUGCCCAAAGACCCGAGUGCCAACAACGGCUGCUCCCGCAGAGAUUCCAAAUCUGCCUCCACCACGUCAAGUUUCAUAAGCUCACCCUAUACCUCUGUGGAUGAAUAUUCCUAAAUCCAUGUCCUGUGGUGAAGGCUGCUAUGAUGCCUACGUCCCCCAUUUUCCUAACUGUGUAAAGCCCUGUUCUAGGUACUUGAGGGAGACAGAGGGGCAAUCAUUGGGUAGGGAUACUCAAUCUGAGAAAGAGGGAAUAUAAGUGUAACAAAACAUACCAACAUAUCAGCUAGUACAAAAAAUAAAAAACUGAGUCUUCAACUUAUUCUUUCAAAACAUUAGGAUCAUAUGCAACAAGCACAAAGUAUGAAUCAGAAAAAUGUCCUAAGUGUCCAGGGUCUGUCACUUAACAAUUACAGUACACCUUUUCCACACAGAAACAGCACAGAGGUUUUCUAAGAGAUUGAGGGAGCCUUAAAAUACAAUGGCGAGCAAAGGCGACCAACACCUGUAUAAAACAAGCUCUGCAUAGCUGUGAAAACGAAAGCGCAGAUGACUGAUUUUUUUCCCCAAGAGUGACUGAUGGGUAGUCAACCUCAAAGAAUAGAAAGAUUUGGAAGUCUUUGCUCAAGAAAUAUCCCUUUGUUGAAUGAAAACUUUCAGAAAUUCCCUCCAAGACAAUGAGCAGAAAAGGCUAUCUGAUCAAAUCACUGCCCAAACAUGCAUGUCUUUCUCUUGAUUAUUUUUCCAAGAAAAAUAACUUCAAAAGAAAAAAAGAAUAAUUAUUUAAUUUUGAUUACUAAGUGUCUUGAAUGCUAAAGUAAGUUGCAGUCAAAUUUAGGAUCUUAAAGGACAAAGAAAAUUCUUGCAAUCUUCUUUACUUUUUUUGUUUACACAUUAAAAAAAAGUAAGUUGUAAAACACUAGAAGUAUCUUCUAAUGCAGAAGGAAAGACUCACAUUUGCUUCUGUAACUUGCUACCUGAAUUUAGGUAACAAUUUAAUAUAUAUAUAUGUAUAUAUACAUAUAUAUAUGUAUAUAUACAUAUAUAUUAUAAGCUAUCAAGCCAGACACUGGUAUCUCCAAGUCCCCAAGCCAGCUGCUUCCCACUGCAGUACAAAGAACAAGUCACAGUCAUUGCUUUAUUUUGUAUCAUGUAGUCCUCCUCCUGUUUUCUCACUGGGAAAAAAAGGGGCCAGGGAGAAAUAUCACAAUAUAUUUCAAGUGUAAGAGUGUAAGUCGAGUUACAAAAGGACGUGUUAAAAUAUAUAUAUUUGUGAAUCAGAGAAGAUGCAAACCUGUGAGUCUCUGGCCAGAAAAAGAAUCUGCAUAAGAGUCUGGGAACGUGAGCUAGUUACAGAUGAGGCAGAAGACAGCAUGCAUACUUCCAGGAACAGAACUCUGGUUUUCUGUGCUUAGGUAACAAAAAGUCAUUCUAGAAAGAACGAGGUAGUGACACUUGGAUGGAUGGAUGGAUGGAUGGAUGGAUGGAUGGAUGGAUGGAUGGAUGGAUGCACACAUACAUGCAUGUAUGUAUCCCUUUCUAGACAAGUUCUAGAAAUCUAUAUAAAUAUAUUUAUAUCUAAUGUAUAUUAGUAUUUUUGUCAGUCUUCUUUCUUGGUCUUAUAACUUCCUCCCUUAUGAAUUUAUGUUUGGAAUAUAUUGUGAUAUUUCCCUUUCUCCAGUUUUGGGCUAUGUAUGAUUUUCUGUCCUAUGUAGGCACAUUUCUGGGGCCCAGAACAAAAGAAGAAACAUCUGAAAAUGCAGAUGUGUCUUCCAGAUUCUGUUCUUUACAAAUCAUCUCCUUCGGUUGCUACAACCAUCUGUCCACAAAACCACAAACCUUCUGGAAAUGACUUGUGCCCUAAACCUUUGUCUUUCCAAACAUUUAUGUGGGUUAUUAAAACUAUCUGUCUAAAAUAAUUGCCUUGAUGGUAAAUUGUGGUGGGUUAUCAUGCCAUUAGUCUCUGGGCCUCAUGUCUUCCUUAACGCCCAAACCACAGAUACCUGAUUAUUACCCAAUUUCGAGUGUCUAAAACACCAAGUCAUAUGUUUUUGAGUUUAUUUUAAUAAUUCCAAUAAACAAUCAGAUACAGAUAUGAGUGCACAAAUAAGCACUAUCAAAAAUGAAUGUAAUGACUUCAAGGGUUAAAUUCAAAAUGAAAACUGAAAUAGCAGGUGGUCAUACAGGCUUGUCACACAACCACUCGGUGAUGUCUAAGAAGCUUUGUGUGCAUGUUUCAACCUAGCAAUUGUACUAAGUAUCUCACUGUUUGAACAUAAUGUUUAAAAUGUUCAUUCUUAAAGCAUGUAAGUGCUUAUCAAAUGUAAAGUGUCAUGAGAAAACCUGA